GAUGUAGGGAAUAAUGCCUUGCCACGAGUAGAACAUAGACUUUCCGCAUGUUUUUGUUUUCGUUCACAGGAGCUGCCGAUACAAAGGCCUGUGGCUGGGGAGAAAUCUUAAGCCACCUGUGACAUCAAGAUCAAGUCCAAGAUCAAGCAGAAGAGACACCGGGGGAGCUGCUUGUGUAAACGUUGAUAGCUGGAUGGACAGGAGUUGAAUAAGGAACAACACACGACAAGACAGACCAGCAACAGCAGCAGUUAAGGCGGCAUGGCAGCAAUGAACAUUCAACGUUUUUUCCACUGGGGAGCCAAAGUGGUGUCAUUGGCUCCACGAAGUCAGUCUUCCAGUUGGCAGUUUGAGAGAGCAAACAUAAGGAAAGCCUCAACAUAUAGAGCUGCUGUGUUGAAGGAGUUUGGGGCAGAAUUGCAAAUUGAAGAGCUCAAAAGAAAGAAAUUGGAGAGAAAUCAAGUUAGAGUAGGAGUGCAUAGCUGUGGAGUAAAUGCUUCCGAUAUCCUGAUGAUUGAAAACAAAUAUGACAGGACUCUGCAGCUUCCGUUUGUCCCAGGGUUUGAAGUGUGUGGUGAGGUGCUGGAAGUGGGGAGUGAUGUCACUACUUUAGCUGUUGGUUCCAAGGUUAUAGGAAUCAACAAGGAGAGACUAGGUGGAUUCGCAGAAGAAUGCAUCGCCUCAGAACAGGAUCUCUGGACUGUAGACCAUGCAGUUGGUUUUGACAAAGGGGCAGCUCUAGUCGACACGUACGCCACAGCCCUCAUUGGCCUCCAUCGCCGUGCUAAGGUACACGAGGGCAGCACAGUGCUGGUGACAGCAGCAGCCGGUGGGCUGGGUCUGGCGGCUGUGGAUCUGGCUGCAAGUGUUUACAAAGCAAAGGUUAUUGGUGUGUGUGGGACAGAAGACAAAGCAGGACUUGUCAGACAAAUGGGUGCUUGGGCAGCUCUCAAAUACAACAAGAAACACAUUGAUGCAAAGGUGAAGGAAGUCACUGGUGGCAAAGGUGUUGACGUUGUCUUUGAUGCCAUAGGAGGAGAUGCAUUCCAUGACUGCUUAUCCUGGGUGUGUCAUGAAGGCAGUGUGAUUGUGGCAGGAUUUGCCAGUCGUGUAAUACCUCACAUUGAGACAAGUCAGCUCCUGCCUAAGGCUGUCUCCUUGGUUGGUCUUUCCCUCUCACACUACCAGGAGGCAGAUAAUGCUGUUUACAGGCAAGCAGUUGAGGAUGUAAUAGACUUGCAUGAGAUGGGCCUGAUAACUCCACAUGUAUCUGCAGUGUUCAAAAUGGAAGAGAGUUCACAAGCCAUUGACUUCAUGAGGGAAAGAAAAUCUACUGGCAAAGUUGUUCUAGAAAUCCGGUAACAUUAUAUAGAUCCAACAGCUGAACUGCUCACCAAUGGAGAGCUUUUGGGCAUUAAUGCUAGACUCCCAGCAGUGUCAUGCACAUCUCCAAACAAUUUACAACAGCAUUUUGUUGGUGCACUGGUGGGCAGGUUGCUUUUGGAGAUUA